GACAAAUCAAAUUAAACAACUUUUUAAUGACUUUUAUCGUUAGGCAGUUAAGCAGGUCAGCAGUUACACAGAGCAUUGAGUUUUGCCACUCCGAAAGUAACAAAAAGCGUUGUCGUUAGUCCUAAUAACUUGCUAUAUGUAGUCCAGAUGGAUCUCUAUCACGUCCUGGAUCUGGUGGGAGAGGGCUCCUUCGGCCGAGUUUACAAGGGGAGAAAAAAGUUCACCGGCCAAGUGGUGGCCCUAAAGUUCAUGCCGAAGGUGGGUCGGUCUGAAAAGGAGCUGCGAAGUCUGAAGAGGGAAAUAGAAAUUAUGAGAGAUCUUCAGCACCCAAACAUAGUGCAGCUUUUUGACAGUUUUGAGACGGAAACCGAGGUUGUGGUUGUAACUGAGUAUGCAGAGGGCCAGUUGUUCCAGAUUUUGGAGGAUGAUGGAAACUUGCCAGAGAGCCAGGUGCGGGAGAUUGCCUGCCAGCUGGUCUCUGCUCUGUAUUAUUUACACUCCCAUCGCAUCCUUCAUCGAGACAUGAAACCACAAAAUAUUCUGUUAGGAAAAAGCGGUGUGGUGAAGCUCUGUGACUUUGGGUUUGCCAGAGCAAUGAGUGUUUCCACCCUGGUCCUGACUUCCAUCAAGGGAACACCGCUGUACAUGUCUCCUGAGAUUGUAGAGGAGAAGCCGUAUGACCACACUGCUGAUCUCUGGGCUCUUGGCUGCAUUUUGUAUGAACUCCACACAGGGGUGCCACCAUUCUACACUAACUCCAUCUUCCACUUGGUGCAGCUCAUUGUGAGAGAUCAGGUCAAGUGGCUGGACACGAUGAGCGACAGCUGCCUGAGUUUUCUGAAAGGUUUGUUGACUAAAGAUCCACAGAAACGUUUGUCUUGGCCAGACCUCCUGCACCAUCCCUUUGUUGCUGAUGGCGUAUUAGUGCUGUCAGACACAAACCUCUUCAGCCCCUUGACAGUCACACCCAGCCCAGACGUGGUGGCCCUGAAACUGAAGCAAGUGGCAGAAAAGUCUGCGCCGGCAUCGGGAGAGAGUGGAUUACUGAGAAAGGUCAGGGAGCAGAUGGAGAACAAAAAGAGAGAGGUUGGCAGUGGCAGUGCAAAAAAAAAGAAGGAAGGAUGUGACAGGGGGAACUCUGCUACAGUGAUAGCUUCACCUAAUGUGUACAUCGUCAAAGCCCCUUCCAAUGAAUCUCCCAGUGGAUCUGGCUCAUUGGUCGGAACAGCUGCCAAUCAAAGCAUGAGCCUGAAGAGUAAAGCAUGUGCUACAUCAAAACAAAGGGGUCAGAUCAGCAGAGACUAUGAACAGGAGUUUCCUUCUGUUGAGGUUGGGCCACGACUCGUGCGAAGAGGGAGUAAAGACAGACCAGCCACACUCCACAGGCAGGAUGUCGACAAUAAGGGGUACUGGGAGAAUCUUGUCCAAGAAACAGACCCCAGCAGGCAGCAGAACAAUCUGAUAAACUACAAUGACAUCAUAUAUCAAAUUAAAUCUAACAUUACAGCAUUUCAGGCUCAGCUAAUAGGUGUUGGUGUAGUAAAUGUACAACAGAUUGAGCUUCUACUAAAGGUCCUACACAACUUGAUCCUGACUCCUGACCUUGAGACAUCUCACUACAUCAGCUGUGAACUUCAACUACCACAAGUCCUCUUCGAAAUGAUCAGAGAUUCUGUUUCAAACUCCGAUUUAAUCAAGGAACAGAGAAAUGUGCUUACACUUGGAGAAAUGAUUAAAUUUAUUCUGAUCUACUGGGAAAGCCAUUCUGAUUGGGUGGAAGAGGAGCCUAGACUAGAAGAGUUCACUAAGCCUUUAAAGAUGAUUCUCAGCCAGCCAAAUCUCACUGCUCUGGCAGCGCUGGCUGCUUCUGUUUUAUCUCUCUUCACACAACAUGGUGUUGAUGUUUUUGUUGAUCUGGAGAAUUUGACUUCCUUGCUGAAAAUGCAUCCCUCGCCACUGGUUUUACCACAUCCUGGUUGGGGGCUGUAUGACGGCCUCCUCUCUUUAUUCCUAAACACAUUGUCUGAGCAUGAAAAUACUUCAGUGUCGUCUAAGGUAAAUCCACUUGCUUUUGUGGACUUGUGGAAAAGGGCUGGUUCUUCCCUCACCAACACAACGCCAAACCUGGACUUCUUUUCAGCAGAUGGACUUUACUCCUUCUUGUCCAUUACGCUGUUUAUCUUCACCAAGGACCCAUACUCGUGCAUUCCUCUUUUUUCUAACAAAAAAUCUAAAUGUGUGUACACACUCGGAUGGUUGCUGAGCAACGACUGUCUUCAUUUGUUAGCCAGGUGUCCCUCUGGGAGCGCUGACAUGGAGCUGAGUCGCAACACGUUGUCCACAUUGAGCUGCCACCUGCUCUGUUUUCCGUUUGCUCUGGACCUGCCGUCACACACCAUGUCCACGGUUCUGCAGGUGUAUGACAGCUGUCACGUUGCUUCUAGCCUCCUGCAGGUAAUUCAGACAUUCCCUCCGCCGCUGCUGGAGAUGCCUCUCUCCCUGCUGAGCCGUUUGCUGCUGUGCGAUCCAGAGCACUCUGUGUCCCACGUCAGAGAAGGUGCUUCAGGCUUUUUUUCAUCACCUCAGAGCAAGCAGCUCUUUGCCUCCAAAAAUCAGAAUUCUCUGACCAGAACUGCCAGGUCUCUCCUCUCUGAUUUACUGCAGCAGGAUGUACUGUGGGACUCUGCUGUGGAGCUCCUGAAUCUGUUGUCCCAAGUGGCCCGCUGUUCCUCUCAGCUCGGUUCGCAUCGGAUAUGUGUUGAGGCCACAGUGCUACAGCAGGCACUAACUCAUCCAUAUGACCAGAUGAGAGCUGCCACAUGUAGAUUUGUAGGAAAUUUAAAACCUUUCAGAUCUAAUGAAAUAGGUACCCUGCAGGCCGAUGUUUUCAGACACUUGAUAGACUGUCUUAAUGAUUCCUGCAGGCAGGUGCGGAGAAUGGCUUGCAGGGCUGUAGGGAACUGGUUGGGAUACAUUGCAGCAAAGUUUAAAAAAGGAGAAAACUGCAGUGACACUUCAGGGUGGGGCAAGAAGAACAAUCAUAGUAAAGAAGCAACUUCAAAUAUCGAGGCAGCCGGUGAUUCAGUAACAGAGCAGAUGUUUGAUGAAGAAGAGCAGAGAAGAUGGACAGACGAAGCUCAGAGGUCAGCGGCCGUGCUGACCUGUCUGCUCUCCGACCCUGAUACCGUUACACGACGUCACUGCUGUGCAGCUCUGGGAAACUUGGUAAAUGUUGACGGUGUUGUGUCUAUGUUGGAUAAAGAUGUGUACAGCUCACUUGUCACAGCUGCAUGCACUGAUUCAAACGAUGCAGUGAGACAGGCUGCUACAGCAGCUCUAAGGUUGUGCAGGGAGCAAGAUGCAAUGCAGCGCGGAAUAAAAUGAGCAGUUAACAAGAAGGCAGAUGUCAGUACUACACAGUGUCCUUUAAAAUAUGUAACAAAAUGUUUGCAUGAUUGGAGCAAUGAAGAAUUUCCUUUGAGGUAUUUUGACUCAUUGUGAAUAUACAGUGGGAAUAAAAAAGUCCACAAACCCCUGUAAAAAAUAUUUUUUUCCCAGAUUUAAAAGCUGCAGCAACCUUAUGUUAAGUCUGCACACCCUAAGCUUCAUUCAAUCUUGUUUCGUAGGAGUUAAAUCCUCCAGCUUUCUUGCAGACACCUCCUUUACUUAAUGUUAGGCAAAGAUCAAUAUUUUCGCUCCUUUGUAAUGUCUCUACAAACUAUGACUUUAGGUAAAGGAUGCAAAUGUCAAGGAAGUCCUUCUAGAAUAGCUAACAUUUAUCCAUGGUUAAAUAGAUUUACUUUGAUUAACGGCAGAUGUGAACCAAAGAAGAUUCGAUACUGAAACUGAAUCAAAAGUAUUAGUUUUGUCUUCUUCUUUUUUUGAACCGUAUCUCACGUUUGUUUCCAGUUAAGAUGUGGAUGAUACAUGUCUUAUUAAAAGUGAUACACGUUUAAAACGA